AUGCCCGAAGGAUCUUUUUUUAUCAUCGAGAGGUGCGAUGCUCCCAACUCCCCUCUCCCGACCAGUUCGCUCGCCGCAUCCCAACCCCCGUGGUCUGGUCCGCACCACGAUCCGGUGGGUUGCGGUAUCCUUGCAAUGAGCUUGACCUCGCGCGUCUUGGGCCUGUUCACGACGACAGAGACACCGUCUACCGAUCCCCCUUCCCCUGCGUCGGCCUCUCAGUUCCCGAACGUUGCUCCCGCUAGCAGCGACCAUGUCUUCCAUUCUGCCGGUCCGAUAAGCGCAUCCAGCGACCAUAAUGCUCAGAAGGCUACGUCCCUUGCGGACGAGGAGGAGCCUCGGCCUCCCUAUCUACAUGCUAUGCUGGCUGGAGGUACCGGUGGUACCUGCGGUGACAUGCUCAUGCAUUCGUUAGAUACGGUGAAGACUCGACAGCAAGGCGAUCCCCACUUCCCUCCGAAAUAUACCUCUAUGACCUCGUCGUAUGCGACCAUCUAUCGACAAGAGGGAUUCUUCCGUGGUCUGUACGGUGGUGUGACACCGGCGCUGUUUGGCUCUUUCCCUGGAACGGUCAUCUUCUUUGGUGUCUACGAGUUCACCAAGCGAAAGAUGAUAGACUCUGGGAUCAACCCCAAUAUUGCGUACCUGUCUGGAGGUUUCUUCGCCGACUUGGCUGCCUCCAUCGUAUACGUUCCCUCCGAGGUUUUGAAGACGCGGCUGCAGCUGCAGGGACGCUACAACAACCCUCAUUUCAACUCGGGAUACAACUACCGCUCGACCACGGAUGCUCUACGCACGAUUGUUCGCCAGGAGGGGUUUUCCGCCCUCUUCUACGGAUACCGGGCGACCAUCUAUCGUGACCUUCCUUUCUCGGCCCUGCAGUUCGCAUUCUACGAGCAAGAACAACGGUUGGCGAAGGAAUGGGUGGGCUCGCGAGACAUUGGACUGCCUUUGGAAAUUAUGACUGCGGUUACGGCUGGUGGAAUGGCAGGUGUGAUGACUUGCCCGAUGGACGUUGUCAAGACGCGGAUCCAGACGCAGCAGAACCCGGAAAGCUUGAGCUCGACCAAGUCGGCGGCAUCGACGUCGGUCGCGCCGCCCGGGGCUCCCCGUCUGGAUACCUCGUCUUUUUUCACUGGCUUGAAGAUGAUCUACCAGACCGAGGGCAUUGCCGGGUGGUUCCGCGGAGUCGGACCCCGCGGAGUGUGGACUAGUAUUCAAAGUGGAACAAUGCUGGUCAUGUACCAGUACCUUUUGAAGAAACUGGAAGCUUACCAGGGGGUGGAAGACCUGAGCCCUUUGUGAGGGUAGGCUUCUAACUUUGCAUUGAAGAUUUGGCAUCUGCGAGCCGAUAGUGAGAUUACUAUCAGCGGGUGUCUGGGACACACGGUGGGGUGUCCGCUGUAGAUAAAAAGAAAAGAGCGCACCACAACCGGAGCAUGAGCAUGAGCAUGAGCAUUAUAGACGGGUAUGUUGGAAGGGCGACCGGACGGGAGUGGUAUGAUUUUUACUUUGUUCUUUCUUCUUUUUCUUUCUUUUCGGCUUCUUGUCUUCUAAUUAUUGGAUUCCCAUUCCCCUCCUGUCGUUUUCCCCGCAUGUUGAGAGCUUGCAUGAUUGCAUGAUCGGGUGGUUGUGGUUCAGGGCGCG